UCCAAGGAAGCUGCAGAAGGAAUUGCUUAUCAGUGGAGAUACAUGGUUGAAAAUGAGCCUGGAGACCCUGGAGUAGCACCUGGAUCAUGCUCCAGUCGUAAGGAAUCAAAGCCACUUAAUUCCAGAAGUGCCUCUCUGUUUCUAAUGAAUUACUUUCCCACAGUUGCUGUACAAAACGGAGCCUGCAAAGAGCAUUCAACUCAACUUUUUGAUACCGCUGCUGCCUGUUACAAAGCAGCAGGCAACAUGAUGCCCAAUUAUGUGGCAGUAAAUUUUUACAUGAGAAGUGAUGGAGGAGGAGUUUUUGAUGUUUUAGAUCAAAUGAACGGUCGGACACUGUGUGGUUGCCCUACGGUCACAGCAUGCCAGGCGGGGGUGCAUUUUGGAGUUUGUAAGAAUAUUACUGCAGCAAAUGCAGCUCCAACAGCAACCAAUACUGGUGGAAUGUUUUCUGGGUCCGUGCAAUUAACUGGCCAUGCUUCAGCAAUCCAUUUUUCCAGUGUCUUAUACCUAUUUUCAUUGUCUUCUGUAAUAAUUUUGUUUCCAUUAUGAGAAGAAAGAGAGAGUUUCACGCAGAUGUUCACAUGAGUUUCAUCCAUGGAUGCUCAAUUUCUACUAUAUUUUCCUUUGUAGAGUUAUGGAGUCAGAAUAGGUACAGUAUACACUAGAAUCCCACUUCGGCAUGUUAGAGAUAAUGAACAUUCAGCUUGAAGUUUUCCCUAGUAAAAGAGCACUUGUAAUUUUAUAGAGAAGUUAUGACAUAGAAGUAAGCAAUGGGUUGGAGAAGAGUAUCAAUAUGUAGCAGGUACUUUUAUCACAUCCCAUGCUAUUUCUAGCUGCCAGUUUUUUCC